AAAGACAAAAAAAAAAAAAGAAGUAGAGCUUUUCCUGCCGUUUCUUGACUGUCAAUAUGAAAUUUCUUUCAAGCAAAAGCAAGGUACUAUUUCUGGAGCCCCCUGAUAAAGACAACGCCCGCAAAAAAGGAGAUUCAUGAAUUUGCUGCUGUUUGGCUUUGCAAGAAAAUGAACACCUGAGCCAGUUUGAUUUAGCCCCACCAUGUUUCAUCACAGCAGAUUCAAACAUACAACAAUCCAUACAUUAACACUGACUCCCAACCUGCUUCACUGCUACUCAACUCGCUUUAGUUUACUUCCCCAACCUGCCACAAUGGCACUUGAAGCAGUGGUGUUUCAUCAUGACCCGACGUAUAGCUACGGCGGCUCGAGAGAUUUAUACAGCAUAGCAGGCGGUUUUUGCUAUCCCGGCGGUUUAGACCGUAAGGAUGAGAAGCCUUUGUGCGGUGAAAAUCAUAAUAUUCUCAUGAAGGAAUUUCAUUGGGAAGCUCCCACGUUUUCUUCCUCGCCGGAAAACAACUCCGCCGGCCGCGAUGGGUUCCAGCAGCUGGGUCCGGAGGAAGUCCUGGCUUCAGCGACGCGGUGCCGGCGAAAGAGACGGCGAGCGAAGAAUGUGAAGAAUGAAGAACAGGUUGAGAAUCAAAGGAUGACUCACAUUGCCGUUGAGCGUAAUAGGAGAAGGCAAAUGAAUGAGUACCUUGCUGUUCUUCGCUCCAUGAUGCCUGCCUCUUUUGUUCAAAGGGGGGACCAAGCAUCAAUAGUAGGGGGAGCAAUCAACUUCGUGAAAGAGCUUGAGCAACUCCUCCAAUCACUUGAAGGUCACGAGAAGAUGACAGAAUUCCACCAAGCUUCAGAAAUCAACAUUAAUGGUGGCUUCUCUUCUUCUCUCUUCUCAGACUUCUUUGCUUUCCCCCAAUUCUCAACAUCCUCAUCGAACCCCAACAAAAUUAAUAACAGUUCAGUCUCGUUAUCAAAAUCAACGGCCGAGAAACAGUUGGCCAUUGCCGACGUUGAAGUUACGAUGGUGGAGACUCAUGUCAACCUCAAAAUAUUGUCAAGAAGACAACCAAAACAGCUACUGAAGAUGAUAGCUAGAUUGCCUUCUUUAGGCCUCACCAUUCUUCACCUUAAUCUCACCGCCUCUCAACACAUGGUCCUCUACUCUUUUAGUGUCAAGGUUGAAGACGAUUGUCAGCUGGGUUCAGUGAAUGAGAUAGCAGCUGCUGUUUAUGAGAUGGUGGUUAGAAUCCAAGAAGAAGCUAAAUUCAUCAAUUAGAAAAUCAGUGUGGUGAAUUGCAAAAAAAAUAUUUCCACUUGUAAUUUCUUUUUUAAUUCAAUUUGGUCCAACUUAUUAGGUUUAGAAUUUUUAUUUUUGUACUAAUUACUAGCAUUUUCUUGUACUACCAAAAACUUGU